AUGAUGUGUUUCAACACCUCCUCCGUGGAUGUCUCAAAUGGGACAAUGUCAAAGUUCAACAGCACCGAGCACUGCCAGAAAGCAGCCCCCGAAGGCUACGGGCAGUUCUACUUCCCUAACCUCACCCAGUCCGGCCUCUCCUGCAUCUCCAACUGCACCAAGAGCACACCCGGCUUCAUCAACUGCAACUACGGGCAGUGCCAGCUGAUGCGAGCUGGCCCCCAGUGCAUCUGCUCCGAGACGGACUUGUACUGGUACCCCACAGAGCGUUGUGCCACCCGCAUCAGCAAAUUCGCCGUCGGUCUGGGCAUGGCUGUCGCGGUGCUGGUGGUCAUGAGCGCCAUCCUCGGUGUCUUUCUGUUCAGAGCCAAGAGGAUGAAAACCCAGUUCAGCCAGCACUUGGACGAUGACACCGAGAAAUGGUAUGAGGAUGACUACAGCGAAUGGAACGGUGCUGGGAGCUUCUGCAUCAGGAACGAAGGAGCCGACUUUGACAAAGGUUCGGACAGCACCAGCUCCUUCAAGGUUAACAUGGAAUCCAUCAACAGCUCUCUCCCGAUUCACAUCCAGAGGCCGGAGAUUGUCAUGACCCAGCUGUGA